AUGUCGUACAACGAUCCUAACCAGCAGGGGCAGCAGCACCGCCAGCAGCAGCAGGCACCGCAGGGCUACGGAGAGCAGCAGCCCUAUGCACAGCAGCCGCAGGCGCAGCAUCAACAGUACGCACAGUACGGGCAGCAGCAGUACGACCCGCAGCAGUACGACCCGCAGCAGAUGGCGUACGACCAGUACGCGGGCGGUCAAGGGAUGUAUGGCGCCGAGGGGGGGUAUUAUGAACAAGCACCACCUGCAGGCGCCGGAGGACCGGGCGCAUACUACGAGGGCCACCCGCAGCAGGGCGGCGCCUACGACCCGGAGCAUGCAGGGUAUUAUGAUCAGAUGCGGGCGGUAGGCCAGGACCCGGAGAAUUUCUCUGAUUUCAGUUAUGGGCCGCCAGCCACGCCCAGCGGGUACGACCAGUACGGCGCCGCCGCCGGCGCCGCCGGCGGCGUGGACCAGUACACGCCGUCGCGCAUGAGCUAUGCCGGGGACCCGCGGUCGUCCGGGUCGUCCACGCCGAUCUACGGCGCGGACGGAUUUGAUCCGUCCGCGGUCGCCAUGGCGCUGCCAAGCGACCCGUAUCCGGCGUGGACCGCGGACAGCCAGUCGCCGGUCAGUGUGGAGCAGAUCGAGGAUGUGUUUAUCGACUUGGCGAACAGGUUUGGGUUCCAGCGGGACUCCAUGCGCAACAUGUUCGAUCACUUCAUGGUGUUGCUAGAUUCGCGUGCUUCGCGAAUGUCGCCACAGCAGGCGCUCCUUUCUUUGCAUGCGGAUUACAUCGGCGGGGACACGGCCAACUACAAGAAGUGGUAUUUUGCCGCGCAGCUAGACAUGGACGAUGAGGUUGGGUUCCGGAACAUGAACGUGGGCAAGUUGUCGCGCAAGGCGCGCAAGGCGCGCAAGAAAAACAAGAAAGUGAUCGCUGAGGCGACGGCGGCAGAUGCGGACGCCACGCUGAACCAGUUGGAGGGCGAUAACUCGUUGGAGGCUGCAGAUUUCCGGUGGAAGACGCGGAUGAAUAAGCUUUCGCCGUUGGAAAGGGUGCGUCAGAUGGCGUUGUACUUUCUGAUCUGGGGAGAGGCCAACCAGGUGCGUUUCAUGUCGGAGUGUCUCUGUUUCUUGUACAAGUGUGCAUCGGACUACUUGGACUCGGCGUUAUGCCAGCAGCGGGUGGAGCCGGUGCCUGAGGGGGAUUACUUGAAUAGGGUUGUGACGCCCAUCUAUCGGUUCCUUAGAAACCAGGUGUACGAGAUUGUGGACGGGCGUUACGUGAAGCGGGAGCGGGAUCACAAUAAGGUUAUUGGGUAUGAUGACGUCAACCAAUUGUUUUGGUACCCGGAGGGGAUUUCGCGGAUUAUUUUCGAAGACGGGACACGUUUGAUCGAUUUGCCUGCGGAGGAACGGUAUUUGCGUCUAGGGGAUGUUGUGUGGGACAAUGUGUUCUUCAAGACGUACAAGGAGGUGCGGACUUGGUUGCACAUGAUCAUCAAUUUCAAUCGUAUUUGGAUUAUUCAUGGGUCGGUGUACUGGAUGUACACGGCGUACAACUCGCCGUCGUUGUAUACGCACAACUAUCAGCAGCUUGUUAAUAACCAGCCGUUACCCGCUUAUAGAUGGGCGUCGUGUGCGUUGGCCGGGACGUUUGCGUGUAUAGUGCAGUUGGUUGCUACGGUUUUGGAGUGGACGUUUGUUCCUAGGAACUGGGCGGGCGCGCAACAUUUGUCCAGACGGUUUCUAUUUUUGUUGGUUAUCACGGCAAUUAAUCUUGGGCCACUUGUUUUCGUGUUCAUUUACGAUCCGUUGACGGUGUAUUCUAGGUUAGCGUUAUGGAUCUCGGCGGUGAUGUUUUUUGUAUCGCUUAUAACGGUGCUCUUCUUCUCUGUGAUGCCGUUGGGCGGGCUAUUCACGUCGUAUAUGAAAGGAUCUACGAGGAAGUACGUUGCUUCGCAGACAUUUACGGCGUCGUUUGCGCCUCUCUUUGGGAUUGAUAUGUGGAUGUCGUACUUGGUGUGGCUCACUGUGUUCGCGGCUAAGUUUGCUGAGUCUUAUUUCUUUUUGACGUUGUCUUUGCGUGAUCCUAUUCGGAUUCUUUCUACUAUCAAGAUGCGUUGUACCGGGGAGAAAUUCUGGGGAGAUAUUCUAUGCGUGCAUCAGGGUAAAGUUGUUUUGGCGUUGAUGGUUAUCACUGAUUUUAUUUUAUUCUUUUUGGAUACCUAUAUGUGGUAUAUUGUUUGCAAUACGGUGUUUUCUGUUGGACGGUCGUUCUAUCUCGGUAUUUCUAUCUUGACUCCGUGGAGGAAUAUUUUCACGAGGUUGCCCAAGAGAAUAUAUUCCAAGAUUUUGGCUACGACCGAUAUGGAGAUCAAAUACAAGCCGAAGGUUUUGAUCUCUCAGGUUUGGAAUGCGAUCGUUAUUUCUAUGUACAGAGAACAUUUGUUGGCCAUUGACCACGUUCAAAAGUUGUUGUACCAUCAGGUUCCCUCGGAGAUCGAGGGUAAGCGGACUUUGCGUGCACCAACGUUUUUCGUUUCUCAAGACGAUAAUAAUUUUGAUACUGAGUUUUUCCCGAGAAAUUCUGAAGCCGAACGUCGUAUUUCAUUCUUUGCCCAGUCGUUAGCAACUCCAAUUCCAGAGCCUCUUCCCGUGGAUAAUAUGCCAACGUUUACUGUUUUGACUCCGCACUAUUCUGAAAGGGUGUUGUUGUCCUUGAAGGAAAUUAUCCGUGAAGACGAUCAGUUCUCGAGGGUUACUUUGUUGGAGUAUUUGAAACAGUUGCAUCCAGUUGAAUGGGAUUGUUUUGUCAAGGAUACCAAGAUUUUGGCGGAGGAGACCGCUGCGUUUGAAGGAGCCGAGGACGAUCCUGAAAAGGAGGAUGGUCUCAAAUCGCAGAUUGACGAUUUACCAUUCUAUUGUAUUGGUUUCAAGUCUGCGGCUCCGGAAUACACACUACGUACCCGUAUUUGGGCGUCGUUGAGAUCCCAAACGUUGUACCGUACUGUUUCUGGAAUGAUGAAUUAUGCUCGUGCGAUCAAGUUGUUGUACAGAGUGGAGAAUCCUGAAAUUGUCCAAAUGUUUGGUGGUAAUGCUGAAGGCUUGGAAAGAGAACUGGAAAAGAUGGCCCGGAGGAAGUUCAAGUUUUUGGUGUCCAUGCAGAGACUGGCCAAGUUCAAACCUCAUGAAAUGGAGAAUGCAGAAUUCUUGUUGCGUGCUUAUCCCGAUUUGCAAAUUGCGUACUUGGACGAAGAGCCUCCAUUGAAUGAGGGUGAAGAGCCAAGAAUUUAUUCUGCUUUGAUUGAUGGCCACUGUGAAUUGUUGGAAAAUGGCCGCAGAAGACCCAAGUUCCGUGUGCAACUCUCUGGUAAUCCAAUUUUGGGUGAUGGUAAGUCUGAUAAUCAAAACCAUGCUUUGAUUUUCUACAGAGGUGAGUAUAUCCAGCUGGUUGACGCAAACCAAGACAAUUAUUUGGAAGAAUGUCUAAAGAUCAGAUCUGUUUUGGCUGAAUUUGAAGAGUUGAAUGUUGAACAAGUUAAUCCGUAUGCUCCAGGUUUGAAGUACGAGGAACAGCAGAAUAACCAUCCAGUGGCUAUUGUUGGUGCUCGUGAGUACAUUUUCUCUGAAAACUCAGGUGUCUUGGGUGAUGCUGCAGCAGGUAAAGAGCAAACUUUUGGUACGUUGUUUGCACGUACAUUAGCACAGAUUGGUGGUAAGUUACAUUAUGGUCACCCUGAUUUUAUUAAUGCAACCUUUAUGAUUACGAGAUGUGGUAUUUCUAAAGCUCAAAAGGGUUUACACUUGAAUGAAGAUAUUUACGCUGGUAUGAAUGCUUUGCUACGCGGUGGCCGUAUUAAACAUUGUGAAUACUACCAAUGUGGUAAGGGUAGAGAUUUAGGUUUUGGUACUAUUUUGAACUUCACAACCAAGAUUGGUGCUGGUAUGGGUGAACAGAUGUUGUCGCGUGAAUACUACUACUUGGGUACCCAGCUACCUAUUGAUCGUUUCUUAUCCUUUUACUAUGCGCACCCUGGUUUCCACUUGAAUAAUUUGUUUAUUCAAUUAUCUUUGCAGAUGUUCUUAUUGACUUUAGUUAAUAUGAAUUCGUUGGCUCAUGAAUCCAUCCUCUGUGAUUACGAUAAAAACAAGCCAAUCACCGACGUUCUAAAACCAUAUGGUUGUUAUAACUUGUCACCAGUUGUUGACUGGGUUAGACGUUAUACUUUAUCUAUUUUCAUUGUGUUCUUCAUCGCCUUUGUGCCUAUAGUGGUUCAAGAGUUGAUAGAACGUGGUGUUUGGAAGGCACUUCAAAGAUUCGUUCGUCAUUUAACCUCGCUAUCACCUAUGUUUGAAGUCUUUGCUGGUCAGAUUUACUCUGCCUCUUUGAUUAGUGAUAUGACCAUCGGUGGUGCUCGUUAUAUAUCCACUGGUCGUGGUUUUGCCACCUCUCGUAUCCCCUUUUCCCUUUUAUACUCAAGGUUUGCCGGAUCAGCGAUUUACAUGGGCGCUAGGUCGAUGCUGAUGUUAUUGUUUGCCUCUGUUUCCCACUGGCAACCAGCAUUAUUAUGGUUCUGGGCAUCGAUGUGUGCCAUGAUGUUUUCACCAUUUAUUUUCAACCCACACCAGUUUGCUUGGCAAGAUUUCUUCUUGGAUUACAGAGACUUUAUCAGAUGGUUGUCUAGAGGUAACAACAAAUUCCACAAAAAUUCUUGGAUUGCGUAUGUUAGGGUUUCUAGAGCUCGUGUCACUGGUUUCAAGAGGAAGUUGAUUGGUGAUGAAUCUGAAGCUAUCGGUGAUUCAGCGAGAGCCCACAGGACAAACGUCUUGGCUGCAGAAUUACUUCCAUCAUUAUUUUACUUAAUCGGUUGUAUGUUUGCAUUCACUUUCAUAAACGCUCAAACUGGUGUAAACAACGCACAGGUGACCAACUCUAUUCUUCGUUUAGUUAUUUGUGCCGUAGCUCCUAUUGCGAUUGAUACGGGUGCUCUUGCGGUAAUCAUGGGUCUUUCAUGUUGCGCAGGUCCUCUGUUAGGAGUCUGUUGCAAGAAAACCGGCCCUGUUAUGGCUGCAGUUGCCCAUGGUAUCUCUGUUGUCGCUCACAUUAUCUGCUUCGAGGUUAUGUGGUGUUUGGAACGUAUGAACUUCGCCAGAAUGUUGAUCGGCUUCGUUACGAUGAUCCAGUUCGAAAGGGUAAUAUUACAAUUGAUGACAAUUUGCUUUUUGACUCGUGAGUUUAAGAACGAUCAUGCUAACGCAGCAUUCUGGAGUGGUAAAUGGUACAGUGCCGGUCUAGGUUACAUGGCUUGGACACAACCUGCAAGAGAGUUUGUUGCUAAGAUCAUUGAAAUGUCUGAAUUCGCUGCAGAUUUCUUCUUGGGACACAUUCUACUCUUCUUCCAAUUCCCCAUUUUGUGCAUUCCUUCCAUUGAUAAAUUCCAUUCCAUGAUGUUGUUCUGGUUGAAACCUUCUCGUCAAAUCCGUCCACCCAUCUAUUCAUUAAAACAAACCAGGUUGCGUAAGCGUAUGGUUAGAAAGUACAGUUGUUUGUUCUUUUUGAUCUUCUUUGCGGUUCUUGUUGUCGUUGUUCUACCAGCAGUUGCUACAUUGGUAAAAAUCAUUAAGGUAGAGAAACUACAAUUGGACAUGGGCAAACAGCUAGAGGGCUUAAUGCAACCAUAUAACACAAACAACAACGACACUGGUCCAGAUAUUCUAACGUCGUCCGGUUAUUACUUCUCUUCUACCCCAAUCAUGUCUAAUUGGACUACCAAGACCCCUUGA